UUUCGCGUUCUCGGCUUGAUGCGUACUUCGAAUUGGAACAGUACUUGGUCUCCGACUGAUGACGUAUCACGAGUACACGAGAACGCAAGUACGCACAAGUACGCAUAUUGAUAAACGCCCAUUGAGAAACGCCCCAUGAAUUUGGACUGGACCCUUGACUCCUCCCAGCAGGUCCGUCACCUUAAGAAGGGUUAAGUUUCUUUCUCACACACACGCAAGGGGUUUGAAGCGUCCAAAAUGCUGUAAGUUUAGAAACGUGUUCCUAACUCGUUCACUGAACUCAACCCUGGUGUGCAUGGAUAGCCGUUCCCAGGAAAAAGAAGAGCAAAUGGGUGGACUUGUUUGUGUUUUCGGGCGCAGUUAUUUCGGGAGAAGUUCAAAUGCAGCGUUUUUUUGUAGCAUCCUGCCUGACGCUGCUGGCUGUUAUCCUGCGGAGCAGCGAUACUAACGCUCUCCAUGUGAUCGGUGGAAGUGUGAAAGUGGUUCAAGGAGGUACUGCUAUUUUACCGUGUUAUGUCACUGAUACCAAUGAUGACCUGACACAGAUUUCCUGGCAGAGGAGGACAAGAGAAAACCCUCGUAAUUACAUUUUUUUUACUGCUUCUUACUCAGACGGAGACAGACCACAGUUUUUCAAUGAACAAUUUAAAUUUAUUGGCAAUUUUAAAGACAAAAAUGGAACUCUCCAGUUACUUAAUGUUACCCUGAAGGAUGAAGGCAGCUACACGUGCAUCUUCACCUUGGUUCCCAGUGGAAAUCAGAAGACUGAGAUGCCUCUAAAAGUUUUUGUGCCUCCUUUCACAAGUGUCAAGGACAACCUUCCGACUUUGGGCACAGAAGAGGUUUUAUUUGCUACCUGCACAGCUGUGGGAUCCAGGCCUCCUGCAGAGGUGAGGUGGCUCACUGGUGCUUUGGCAGACAGAGUGAGGACGACAAGAAAUUACAUCCAUUAUGACAACGGUAUGACUACCACCGUCAGCUCUCUGUUUGGUGUACCUACGGGAGAUAUUAACGGUCACAAGGUCCAGUGUGUCAUCAGCGGUGACUCCCUGUCUAAAGAAGAAACCCUGCCCUUCACCAUACAGAUCUACUUCUCUCCCAGAGAAGUGAACAUUAAAGCCAUUUCAGGGGACUCAUUUGAGUGUGUGACAGAAGCCAACCCAAAUGCAAACUUUACCUGGAGCAGAUCUGGACAGUCUUUACUGCAGUCUGCUGUCAGAGUAGAGGGUGCAAAGCUACAACUGCUGAAUCUGACUUCUGAUCUAAAUGGCCUCUAUCAGUGUGAAGCAUCUAACAAAUAUGGAAGAAAACAUGGUCAGCUCUAUGUGCAUGUGCCAUCAGGAGCAUGCUCUGCUGCUUGGGCCUUAUUUGGUGUUUUGCUUUUCCUGGAUGUCAUUGGAGCUGCAGCAUGGUGCUUUUAUGCUGCAUGGUUGCAUUUAAAAGAAACAAGAUUGUCCAAAGUGUUUUGCGAUCUCUCCCACAGAAGUGAACAUGAAAGCAAUUUCAGGGCACUCAUUUGAGUGUGUGACAGAAGCCAACCCAAAUGCAAACUUCACCUGGAGCAGAUAUGGCCAGUCUUUACUACCAUCUGUUGUAAAAGUAGAGGGUGCAAAGCUACAACUGCUCAGCCUGACCUCUGAUCUUAAUGGCCUCUGUCAGUGUGAAGCAUCUAACACAUAUGGAAGAAAAUACGGUCAGCUCUAUGUGCAUGUGGCAUCAGAAGCAUGCUCUGCUGCUUGGGCCUUAUUUGGUGUUUUGCUUUCCCUGAAUGUCAUUGGAGCAGCAGUAUGGUGCUUUUAUAAAUCUGGACAUUUUCAAAGCAGCCUCUCCGACAACUGUGGAAGCAAAAGACUGACAACGUCUAGAACGAAGGCUCCAAUAAUAUGUCAUUCCAGACUCAGCUGCCUAAUGAACACAUGAAGAACAGGUGGAGGUACUUGGUGUCUUCUUAUAUUCCUGCUAUUUUAUUUGUCUUCUAGUUUUUAUUGAAGUUUCUUUCUUGCUGUUAACCUUCUUUCAUCAGCAGUUUACUGUUAAUAGCAGAUAUUGAUGUGGUUACUGUGAAUUCAGAUAUGAGUAGAGAUCUUCCUGCUGCUAUUUAUGAACUGAGUCAAAAACAUAAAUAAUCAGCUGUGACAGCAUGACACUGCCUAUGAGAUCACCUAAAAAUACAAGUUAACUUGUUAACAUGUUAGUGCUUCAAAACAUACUUUAAAAAGAAGAAAAAAAGGGAACAGAGAAUGUAAUGGGCUGAAAGGAAUGCUGAAGUUGGAAAAUGGCAAAUAGACCCAAUAAAAUGGAUCUGCAAGGCCAGUAAUGUUGUGGGGAUGGAGGUGGACUCCGUUAAGGUGAUGGCAGAGAGACAGAUGAUGUCUAAGAUGAGGACGAUGCUGGACAAUACCUCCCACCCACUCCUUGACGUGCUGAUCAGUCACAGGAGCACGUUUGGUGAGAGACCGAGACUACCCAUAAUGCACCACUGAAUGACACAGGAAAUCAUUCCUGCUUUUGUCUGUCUCCCCCCAUUUAAUGCACAGCUUACACUGUACCCGUUUCCACAUCCUCUACAGUGAAAUAACAAAUAACAAAGUUUUACAGUUUAGAGUCAACCAUCUAUAUUUAAUCUCUUUAAUAUUCUGGAUAUUUAUAAUUGACCUAUGUGGAUAUAUUAGAGGAUUUAUUUUGUUUGUUUUGUAGCUUUGUAAUAUAUUGUAUUAUUUAAUUUACUUCAGUCUGUUACUGUUCUUAUUGUCUUGGAGCAACAGUCACCACAUAAUUUCCUUAGGGAUUAAUAAAGUAUUCCGAUUAAAGAGAAGUACAACUAGAGGCUUAUUGUUUUCUGGAAAAGGUGAAUUGAGACUAGGUAUGCUGUAUGAUAGUGGGACUGACUGAUGUGACUUUGACCGAACCUUGACUGACAGAUCAAGGUUCAGAUCAUUCAUUGAUCUUCUACUCUAAAUGUCACAUUUAUGUUCUAUGUUACGGUAAUGACAAUAUGAAGGAUUGAUUGUAGUUCAAAAGAGUUGUGCACAAAUCAGUCAAGCAUUUGAUUGGUCUGUUCUGAAUCCCACCUCUUUAUAUGGCCGCUAAUAUCCAUUGACAUGAAAUAUCGUUUUUUUUUUAAUGAUACUUUUACUUGACUGUGUACAAUAUAUACAGGGGACAUUGUUUCUAAAUACUUUAUGUUCAAUAUGAGGGAAUUACAUGACAGAAAACUUCCAGUAAAUGUUGCGUAUAUGCAGUGAUGUAGUGAUAACAAUUAUUUUUACACUACAGUGACAAGUUAAAUAUAUAUGGUUCAAUAUACUUUGUAGUAAAGUAAUGCAGUUACAAGUUAAAUAAGAUAUUUUGAUCUUUGAAGACUUUUGUCAGUGUUGGAGGAACUGAGUUCAUAACCAAACAGACUAUUUCACUGAUUGAUGUUAGAAUAUAGAGACAUUUAACAAUUAUCUUUUUCAUAUGUUUUACAUAUGAUGUUCCUACAACUGAUAUGAAUUCAUUUUGUAUUGUUAAAGCUGUAUGUUUCAACUGAAACUGACGUGUACUGUAACUGAAAAAAGCAUUUUUCAUGUCUGUGAUGACACUAAAACAACUGUAUUUUAAGUCAGUCCAUUAAAUAAAAUGAAUGCUGUGUCAAAAAUACAUUAGCCUC